AUGGUGCUUAAUAAUGCCGCGCUUGCGCAGAUAGGAAUACGUUUCCCAGGUAACCGUUUAGGUUAGACUUUCGUGUUAGCUAGAACGAGAAGAUGGAGGAAGCACCGGCCCCGGUACUUCUGUAUGGCGAAGCGGAGGGGAUGGUGCAGAGCCUGCAGACUUUCAAAAUAAAGGAUGUCGGCUCAGGAGGGUGGUUCAAACAGCAUGAAUAUAUCGAGAAGCUGAACAUGCAGGCUAUCCUAAAUGCAUCAUCUGGACAAGAGGAGUUUAUCAAAGAGCUGCUUAUCACACGUGAGAAGAUUCCCGCUCUAAUCCAUGAAUUGAUCGGAGUAGAGAUCUGGAAACUGAAAGUGUUCCCUGUGUUGUGCCGACUGACGGACUUCCAGCCCAAAAGUACCUUCCCUCUCUACAUGGUGAUACACCAUGAAGCCACAAUAAUUAACCUACUGGAAACAAUCUUCUACCAUAAGGACGUAUGUGAGUCGGCUGAAGAGCUAGCACUCGAUCUAAUUGACUACUGCCAUCGAAAGCUGACCAUGUUGGUGUCACAGAGCUCUGAAGGGAGCACAGAAAGCCAGGACAGGAUCCUGCCCACUGUUUCCAGUGAGGCAUCAACCUUAGAGGAGCUGAAGCAACAGGCAGAGCACCUGGAAUUUGACAUUGCACUGAAGUGUUUGUCAGUCCUGCGAUAUAUUACUGACCAUACAGACAGCUUACCACUCAGUGUGACCAACCGACUACUUAACACACACAACCUGCCCUGUGUACUGGUGGAACUAAUACAACACUGCCCAUGGAGCCGCCGUCAGAAAGGCCAGCUUCAGAAGUAUGAGAGUGGUCGAUGGUUUCCAGUUCCAGCAGAAGACCAGCUGAAGAUGACAAAGUUGGAUGGUCAGACGUGGAUAGCAUUGUACAACCUUCUGUUAAGGCCAGAGUGUCAACAGAAAUAUAACAUCAAUAAUUUCACAAAGGGUCAGCUACUAAAGCUGCGUUCCUUUCUCACUGAAGUCCUUAUCGAUCAGUUACCAAACCUUGUGGAGCUGCAGCAGUUCCUAAGUCAUCUGUCCAUGAGCGAGCCGGCUGCACCCAAGAAGGAGCUCGUCCUUGAGCAGAUACCAGAGAUUUGGGACUCGAUCAUCAAGGAAAAUUCUGGGAAAUGGAAAGCAUUAGCCAAGUACCAGGUGAAGCAUGCCUUUUCCCCCAGCGAGGAAGAACUGCGUUACCAAGCACAGAGGUGGGCACAAACCUAUAACAUGGAUGUCAUGGAGACGCUGGUGCCGGAUAAACCAAAGUGUGGAUUAUGUGGCUCUGAAGCCCCAAAACGCUGCUCCAGGUGUCGGAGUGAGUGGUACUGCACAAGGGAGUGUCAGGUUAAACACUGGCAAAAACACAAGAUGGCCUGCGACUUGGUGAGUGAGUCUCUGAAGAAGAUAGAAGAAGAUGUGAAAAUGCAGCAAUAAACAUGAUGUUGCACGUGUAUGAUUGACUCAUGCGAAGUCCUUAACCACCCUGUGCCUUUUCAAGUACUUGUGGACACUGGCGUUUGUAUGAACUGCUACUACAAAAAAUAAAUGGCAAAUAUUUAGACAUCAUCAUAUGAUAUACAGAUUUCUGUAUCUCUAGUUCUGGAGACUAACAACGAACAGAGACCUUGGCUUCAGAGAAGAAAAAAUGGGUUUGCUGGAUGGACCUGCAGUGGUCAUGUGAAUAGGCUUUCAUUUUGUACUUUAAAAAAAAAAAAUCCCAACUUUUUAUAAAUCUUGAUACAAUCCUGAUAUUGUGUUUUUGAUAACCUGCAUGCUUGAUCAUAAAGGGUACUUCAUUCACAGCAUAUGAAUAAAACAGAUAAACAUGU